UGGGACAUUGGAAGGAAGUUUGUCUGGGCUCCGACCCAAGGAGCAGAGCGAGAGAAAGACGGAGCGUGGCGGUCAACAUGCUUCCUGUGUGUUAAACGGCGCUCAGGGAAGCAAAGACGCCAGGGAUGCUCGUGAGAAGACGGCAAGCCGCCGCGGGGCCCUGAAGGGUGGGCACCUCGCCCUGCUCCGCCUUGCCGUCCCCCGUCCCGUCCGUCCCCCGCCCCGAAAAACAGCAACUUUUAGCGGCGGGCUUCGAGGGCGGCGUAGUCUCCCAGCCAUCCAAGGAUCGACGCCCUUGUUUCGGAUGAGAGUCCCCCGACCCCGGCUGUCUCCUAUCGGCCCUUAGGGCCUAGUCCCAUGAGGUCGAAGCGUCAGCCUCUCGCUGCUUGUUUUCCCAGGCUCGGCUCGGACGGAGCGGGACUCCCGACGGUAGGAGAAUGAAAGACGAGGACCUUCCUGAAGAAGAAGACGAAAUGCCUUCCUUCAGAUACAGACCAAAUGGCCGGAUGAGGACCAACUGCAGCCGGUGUGAGAAAAACCUAACUCUACAGACAUCUGUGAAAGUGUUGUAUGUCUUCGUUGUCUUGCUGGUAAUGGCAGUUGUGGUGCUGGCAGCUUUAGUUUUCAAGAAAGUGGGAUCAAUAGCUGAUAAAUUUAACUCAACUCAGACGUACUAUGAAAAGACGAUUGUGUCAGUCCAAAAAAAUCUUCAGGAUCUAGAUCAGAAAUCAAUGGACAACUGCUCCUUGUGUCAUGACACAGGGCAACUUGGACAGGAAAUUAGCAAAUUGAAAAAGGAGCUGGAGGAGAUUCAGAAGAAGCUCUUGGCCCAGGAUGUAUUACUUGAUCGAGCUGCACAAGCUCACCAGCAGCUCUCAUCUUCCAGCAGCAAGAUCACUGAUGAAGUAGAUAGAUGUUUCUUUGCUGUUCAGCAGGUCAACCAGAGUUUGAGCCUCUUUCUGGCCCAAGUGAUGGGCUGGCAGGCUGCCACUUCUCAGCUCGGCACCUCACUCAAGGAUCUAACACAAGAACACUUCGAUGUUGAAACUGCUUUGCUGCAGAUAAACUUUACCAAUAGGCAGACCUCAGACUGGGUCCAGAUCAUUCAAAGAAAGACCAAUGAGGAGACCCUGACUCUACAGAAGAUUGUGACUGAGUGGCAGAACUACACCCGGCUGUUUGGCAGCUUGAAGGCCACCUAUUACAAAACAGCUGAUAUGAUCAAGAAUAUUCAAACCAAUUUAGCUAUUGCCUCACAAAGGAUCAGCCAGAAUUCAGACGGUAUGCAUGACCUCAUACUCCAAGUAACAAGUUUACAGUUGCAGCUGGACAACAUCUCCUCUUUCUUGGAUGACCACGAGGAGAACAUGCACGACUUUCAAUACCAUACCCAAUACAUAAAAAAUCGGACAGCUGAGCACUUUCAGACCUUGGAAGGCCGUAUGACAUCCCAUGAGAUUGAGAUCAGCACAAUCUUUACCAACAUCAAUGCAACUGAUAGCCACGUCCACAGCAUGCUCAAGUACCUGGAUGAUGUGCGACUCUCUUGCACCCUGGGCUUCCACACACAGGCUGAAGAGCUUUACUACCUGAACAAAUCGGUCAGCCUCAUGAUAAGCACCACAGAUCUUCUGCGGGAGCGUUUUAGCCUGCUCAAUACCCAGUUGAACUUUAACAUUCGCAACCUUUCCAUGGUGAUGGAAGAGAUGAAAGCUGUUGACAUCCGACACGGGGAGAUCCUGAAGAACGUUACCAUCAUACAAGGUGUUCCUGGCCCUCCUGGCCCAAGAGGAUUGAGAGGAGAUCCUGGCAUGAAAGGCCCACUUGGAAGCAGAGGAGAAAAGGGUGACAUGGGGGAUCUGGGCCCGCCAGGGCCACAAGGGUCUCUGGGCCCUCGCGGACUUUCUGGACCUCAAGGCGAGAGAGGCGCUGUGGGCACAAGAGGCCCCACUGGAAUCAAAGGAAGCAAGGGUAGCUUUGGACAAGGGGGUUCCAAGGGGCGGGCGGGCCCCAAAGGGGACCCUGGACCUCCAGGUCCUGAGGGAGCCAUUGGCCCACCUGGUCCACUUGGCCCACAGGGGAGACCGGGCAUCCCAGGCAAACGCGGGCCUCUUGGUAAUAUAGGGCCGCCGGGCCGACAGGGGGAUCCUGGAGUACAAGGUCUGCGUGGAUUUCCAGGGCCCCCAGGACCUCCAGGAAUGUAAAUUCUCCCUUUUUUCUCCCCCCAAGUUUUAAUGUGGACAAUUGGGGGGGAGCUCUUUGCUGCAGACACCUGUCUCCCCAGGAAGGCAUCAAGAUAAUGGGGAAUGGAUGGUGUCAUUUAUUCUGCACUGUCAAAUUCCAUUUUCAGUGGCUUAGGGAUAAGCUUGAAAAAUUGCUUCAAACCAUUGAAUUCUCUUAAUUUUGGGAACUUCAAAGGCAAAGAAUUGCAGCUGCAGAGUAAGUAGGAGGAGCAAUCAUUGGUAAUUAGAAUACACGGUCUGCAUGUAAAUGGUCCUAAAUUCAGUUUCUAACAUCCGCAUAGAGGGCUGAAGCUCUGGAGAGAUAUUACCACUUAAUAUAGCCCCGAGUCACUUGGUUCAGUAGGUGGCUAUAGAAAUUGAAUAAAUAAAUAAAUAAAAAUUAGCCAUGCCAAAUGAAUAAAUGGGCAAACAAUAACAACUUCCUAUCUUCAUGUUACACAGUUGCCAUGCUUUUUGUAUAUAUGGGUGUGUGCGUGCGCAAGUGUGUUCAUAUGAGAUAUUGGCUCAUCUGCUUGUGCAUUCAUUCCACAGUACAAUUAGAUUGUGUCGCUGAUCUCUUCAUCUGUAACUCUCUUAUACAUGUAUGGUAUAACCGCUACACAUAUACAUCCAAAACAAUAAAAAAAAUGUAAAGGUGAGAUGAAA